GGUCACGUGGGAGUAUCUGCGAAAAGAAGACCUUCAGGAAAGCGCCUCCACCCGUUCCAGAAAUGCCCCGGAAGUGCCUGCGCCCUCAGUAAAGAUGGCAGUAGCAUUUGCCAGGAGGGAGGCGGUGCUGCGCCUGCGCAACAAGCUCGGCUGGGAAGAUGGCGGAUGACAAGGUGAGGGAACUGCAGGGUUGUCUGCAGUCUGAGGAUUCUCUACCCAAGCUCAAGGACCUGGCAUUUCUCAAGAACCAGCUGGAGCGCCUGCAGCAGCGUGUGGAAGACGAAGUCAACAGUGGUGUAGACCAGGAUGGCUCGCUCUUGUCCUCUCCAUUCCUCAAGGGCUUCCUGGCUGGCUAUGUGGUGGCCAAACUGAGGGCGUCAGCAGUAUUAGGCUUUGCUGUGGGCACCUGCACUGGCAUAUAUGCAGCUCAGGUGUAUGCUGUGCCCAAUGUGGAGAAGACAUUGAGGGACUAUCUUCGAUCACUGCGCAAGGGGCCCGACUAGCUCUGGA